UUUGUUUAUUACGUAUUAAAAUACGAAGAAUAUAUCUUUAUUAGUGUUUUUAAAUGCAAAAGUUUCGAUGAUUUGCAUCCAAAUAAAUUGAAACGAAUAAAUGUUUUGUUCAUGGAAUGAUAGUAUUGUUUUAUCAUUUUAUGAGGUUAUGUAGCUACAAAUGACAGUAGCAUUUAGUCACACACAAAUUGAACCUGAAAGUCAUGUAAAAGAAAUGUCCAAAAGGUUUGAGAUCGAAGCGUCUUCUUAAUUCUAACCGCAACAAAUCAAAGUCUAAGUUUUUCUAAUAUUCGAGAAUUUAUAAAUGUGGACAAAGCAAGAUAUCUUGCGGAGGGUCUUUACUGGGGUUAUCACGACCCAGGUAGACCGAAAAUCCGCCUUAACAAUAAGCUUCUGAUUAAGACUGCCAAUGUAAGACUGAAUUACUGAUGCAUGGGAUAAUUGUUUUUAAUGUUAAGUACGGACAGCAUCAAUGGGAAACUGUUUUUCGUGCUUUAAGGUGCCUCUUCCACCAGCCACCAACAAUCAAUCCCUGUCAUUGGAACAUAAAGACGAAACAAUGGAACUUAGGGGUUUGUUCCCAAAUUCUUGCCAACAAACUGGGCCUUUAGCGCCCGAACCGCAUAUAAAUGGAAAUAGAAAAUCAAUGGGCACAUUAUCAACGUUCAACACUGUAGGAUCUGAUAAUUGUGGAUCUGUGCCUAGUGUACAAAAUAAUUUACGUUUAUCAAGAGGAUUUUACACACGUUUACCACCAUUAAGUAGAUCUGGAUCAUCGUCUGGUCUUAAUGUAACGAUUGAAUCAAAACAACAAAGAGAACCAUCAGAGAGCAAGUUGAAUAUUUUAUUUGACCAAUAUAAAGAUCCACAUGAAGAUGUAAUUUUAGCUGAUGGCAUAGAAAGACUUUGCAAUAAUUUACAACUAUCACCAGACGAAUUUCAAGUACUUGUUCUCGCGUGGAAACUAAACGCUGAACAGAUGUGCCAAUUUACACGUCAAGAAUUUAUGACAGGUUUGAAAGCAAUGAAAGUAGACAGUAUACGUGCUAUACAAGCAAGAUUGCCAGAAAUUGUUCAAGAGUUAGCCGUAAAUAGUGAUUUAUUCAAAGAUCUCUACCGAUUUACGUUCCGGUUCGGCUUGGACGUUAAUUCCGGACAAAGAAUAUUACCAGCUAACAUGGCAAUUGUUCUAUGGAAGCUUGUUUUUACAUUACGCGAACCACCUCUUUUAUCUAGGUGGCUUAAAUUUCUUGAGUGCCAUCAUGUGCGAGGCAUACCUAGAGAUACAUGGAAUAUGUUUUUGAAUUUUGCUGAAAGUAUCGGCGAUGAUCUUGGUGCCUAUGACGAUUCAGAAGCAUGGCCAAGUUUACUUGAUGAUUUUGUUGAAUAUGAAAAUGAUCAAAUGAACCAAAACAUCAGUAAAGAUGAUAUCAUAAAGGAUGUUUCUAUCGAUAAAGAUUAAUAUUGGUAUUCUAACGAGAUUUUUGUCAUAAUAAGAUCUUAUCAGCUUACAUUUCAUUUCUGAACAGAAUUAUUUUAAAUUCUUUUACAGUGAAAUCAUGAAAAUAGUUCCCUUACAAAGUUUCUGUAUUAUUUAUUUUUAAACUUUGACAUUGUCCAAUUUGAAAUUAAAUAGAAUAAUUCAAGAUACUAGAAAAAA